GCUACGGGAUCGAUUUACCGCCGCUGCUGCGCGCGCUUUUUGCUCUCGCUGGGGAUGGCGGAGGGAGAGAAAAACCAAGAUUUCAUUUUCAAGAUGGAAAGUCCAUCAGACUCAGCUGCGGUUUUACCUCACACUCCUCAGGUCUCUGCAAUUCCAUCAUCUCCCUAUACAAGUAGUUCACGAAAACAACCUAUGAGUGCAACACUUAGAGAAAGAUUAAGGAAAUCAAGAUCUUCAUUUAAUUCCUGUUACAAUGUGGUGAAACGUCUUAAAGUAGAGAAUGAAGAAAAUGAUCAGACCUUUUCAGGGAAACCAGCAUCUUCCACAGAGGAAAACUGUUUGGAAUUUCAAGAAAGUUUUAAAUACAUAGACAGUGAAUUUGAAGAAAAUAGUUUGAAGAAUCUCAGUGUCUGUGAAUCUCAGUCGCUUAAUUCUGGGUCAUGCAGUGCUCUCCAAAAUGAGCUUGUGAAUGAGAAUCUUCCUAAACAAAGAUUAAGCGAUGAAAAAGCCAAAUUGAUGAAGCAGGUUCAGGAAAAAGAAGACCUUCUUCGGAGGCUAAAACUAGUCAAAAUGUAUAGAUCAAAGAAUGAUCUGUCUCAGUUACAGUUGUUAAUAAAGAAGUGGAGAAGCUGUAGCCAACUGUUGCUUUAUGAGUUGCAGUCAGCUGUGUCUGAAGAGAACAAGAAACUAAGCCUUACUCAAUUGAUAGACCACUAUGGGUUAGAUGAUAAAUUGCUACACUAUAACAGAAGUGAAGAAGAAUUUAUAGAUGUUUAAUUCUUGAUAUUUGCUCUAGAAUAUCUUUGAUAAUGACAACUUAAUUAAAAGAUACUUACGCA